CAACCCCCAUCAUUCCUCAGCAGAACUACCUGAUGACAGAGCGGAGCAAGUUCCUUGUAAACAAUCUAAGUUUAUAUUAAACAUAGAGGGGGGCAGGUGACUUGCAAAGUAUUUGUGCAGCUCUUUUAAAUCUGAAGAUUAGGGUGAGUGGCUUCUGGGCCAGUGUCAUCUUUCCUUUCUCCCCUCACACUUUGAGAGCUCGACUUGAAGACAAGGCUUCACAUUGUGGCACCACUGAAGGGGUACAUCAUGGGUUCAGAUGAGGCCUACAACUUUGUCUUUAAGGUGGUUCUGAUAGGUGAGUCCGGUGUUGGCAAGAGUAACCUGCUCUCCCGCUUCACCAAGAACGAGUUCAACCACGACAGCCGCACCACCAUCGGGGUGGAGUUCAGCACACGCACAAUUCAACUGAAAAGUCUCAUCAUCAAGGCUCAAAUCUGGGACACGGCUGGGCUGGAGCGGUACAGGGCCAUCACCUCCGCUUAUUAUAGAGGAGCUGUCGGAGCGCUACUGGUCUAUGACAUCACCAAGCAUCUGACCUAUGAGAGUGUGGAGCGCUGGCUUAAGGAGCUCUAUGAUCAUGCAGACCCUCACAUCGUAGUCAUGCUGGUGGGCAACAAAACUGAUCUGGGGUCAGAGCGAUCGGUGCCCACUGAGGAGGCGAAGGACUUUGCAGAAAAGAAUGGCCUAUUGUUCUUAGAGACAUCAGCCUUGGAGUCCACAAAUGUUGAGACAGCAUUCCAAAAUGUCCUUGGAGAGAUCCACAGGAAGGUGAGCAGUAAAGAGGUGACCCGGGGGUCCAUUAGUGCCGUGUCUCUGGCCAGCCCCGUCCCCAGAGUUGCAGGCGACCCUGAAGAGAAGAAGCCCUGCUGUAGGAACCUCUGAUGGGACAAACCACCCAGUGUGUGUGUGGGGCGGGGGGGGGGGGGGGGAGACAGAAUGAGUUUUCCAUUCCUAAAGAUGAUGUAAGUACAUGGCUGGAGGUCCAUGGUACAUUUCCCCAAAGAAUCCAGAAAUCAUUUGAAUAUAAAAAAUGUCUCAAACUAAGAUUGUGUUAACUUUUAAGAUUCAACUUUGUUUGGAAGGAUACAUUUUUAAAUAUUUUUUUAAAGGUGGUCAACUGAUGUACAGAAUAUUUGUAUUUUUUGUGACUAUGAGGUUGGACAACAGGUGCCAAAAUCAUGUUAAUAAUUUUACACAAAACUUGAUAAAUUACAUUUGCUGCCACUGUUGUUUGUGUUCUGUUUACUUAAUGUACAGUAACAUGUAAUUGUUUUAUUUUAUGCUUAAAUUGUUCCAAAACGG